AGCCUGUGGUAACCACACAACUUAUUUCAGGCAUUAACUGAUAAACAAAACUCACAGACAUGAAAAGUAAAUCAUUUUGAGAUUCACAGAUUAGGGCAGCAGCAACAUAUGGAUCAACCCCUGGAACAUUAUAAAAUACUAUAGUUAUACAAUUCUGAUAAAUGCAGCUCGGGUGCGUCAUAUGAGGAGGUACAAGUUGACCUAAUUGUGGUGUAUGAGUUGUUUAUUAGUGCUCUCGUGUGUAAUGAGAGGUCAGUGUUUGCAAUGCAAAACAGUUCAUGCAGAGUUCCACCCAUGACCUGAGUCAAACCAGAGAACCCAGCCUUUAUUUGUCCUGAUGAAAACUCAAACAAAACCAUUACAAUUCACUGUAAAACGAAACGUAUCUGCGAGAGGACAGACUAAAGAGCAAAUAGUAGAAACACAGAGAAACAAUUUCAAGAAGUUUCUCGAGGAGAAAACCGGAUUAACUCGACCAAGUUUACUGCUUUUCAUGUUUUUUUUUUCUUCUUUGUCAUCAAGACCUGGGACUGCUUCAGGAACUGUGUCUGCUGCACCUUUUGUGUGACUAACAUUAUGGCUACAAGAUCAGAAGAGAAUCUAUUGUGUCCCGUCUGCUAUGAUGUCUUUAAGGACCCUGUUCUCCUGACAUGUGGCCACAGUUUCUGUAACAAUUGUCUUCAGAGAUGGUGGAAAGAGAAAACUACUCCUGAGUGUCCACUGUGUAAAAGAAGAUCAAAACAAUGGGAUCCACCACGAAACUUGGCACUAAAGAACUUGUGUGAAGCUUUUUUACUGGAGAGAACUUCAACAAGUCCUGCAGCUCUGUGCAGUCUGCACGCAGAGAAACUCAAACUCUUCUGUCUGGACCAUCAGCAGCUUCUGUGUGUCAUCUGUCUACACUCAGAGAGACACACCUGCCACACCAUCAGACCCAUCGAUGAAGCAGCUCGGGAUCACAGAGAGAUACUCCGGGAACUCCUGAAGCCUGCACAGCAGAAACUGGAGGUUUUUAAAGAUAUUAAAGGAAACUUUGAUCAAACAGCCAAAGACAUUGAAGUUCAGGGUCAAGACACUGAGAGGCAGAUCAAGGACGUGUUCUCAAUGCUCUCAAAGUUUCUCAAAGAGGAAGAGGAGGCACGGCUUCGUGUAGUGAGGCAGGAAAAGAUGGAGAAGAUUCAGACGAUGAAGGAAAGGAGUGCAGCUCUGAGCAGAGACACAGCAGCUCUUUCUGACCGAGUCAGAGCCACAGAGGAGGUGCUGAGAGCUGAAGAUCUCUCAUUCCUGCAGAGAUACAAGUCUGCAGCUGAAGGAGCCCAGCAACUCCUGCCAGAUGACCCACAGCCAGUCCCAGGAGGGCUGAUAGACAUGGAAAAACACCUCAACAACCUGUCGAUUGAAAUCUUGGAAAGUAUUAAGAAGAAGGCAACUACUGUAGUCUCAUUUAGGCGGUUGUUAACUCAUAUUAAAGCUUGAUAAUUAAACUGUGGGACAUUUAGUGAUGUAUUUAUGUCGAAGAACAAUACUUGUAAAUAUGUAAAUAUCUUCAGCCUGUGGUAACAACACAAAUUAUUUCAGGCAUUUAACUGAAAACCAAUUAAA